AUGGCCACUGUCGCUGCCGCCCAUCACCCCCCCUGGAGGCGCUUCGAGCAGAAGGAGGAAUUCACGGACAGGAUUCGCAACACGCUGCAGGAUUACAAUUGCGAGAGCUGGGGCGCUGGCGGCGUGGCGCAGGAGUUCCUGGCCAACGCGGACGACGCAGGGGCCAACAGAUUCGCGCUGAUUUACGACGGGAGGACGCACGGCACCGCAAACCUGUUGUUUCCCGGGUUGGCUGAGUGGCAAGGCCCGGCGCUGUGCUUCUUCAACGAUGCUAAAUUCAAGAAAGGGGACUGGGCGGCCAUAAGCGAAGUGGGCAUCAGCCAGAAGAGGGAGGACGACAGCAAGAUUGGGAGGUUCGGUCUGGGAGCGCUGACAGGGUAUUGCUGCACAGAUGUCAUUCACAUUGUGUCGGAAAGUACUUUUGUCAUUCUGGACCCCCACGGGUCCUACCUCGACGGCGGGCCCGGUAUUGAGCUGGAUUUCGAAGAGCAGGAAAAGGCACAAAUGAGCAAAAUUUACGACACGCUGUCGCCGCUCGACGUCCUGGGUGGCUUUGAGGUGGAAAAGAAGCAUUUUCCAGGUACACUCUUUCGCCUUCCGCUGCGCACUGAGGAUACUGCCCCAAAAUCGAGAAUAUUAAAACACGUCGUGCAGCAGGAAAAUGUGGACAGAUUGCUUUCCGACUUCAUUAGAAAGGCGAAGGACAUGAUUCUGUUCACCAAGCACGUUGAAACAGUGGAAGUCUAUGUGCGCUCCGAAGAUGGCCCACCAUCGCUGCUGGCAAGGGUGAAGAUACACGGUGCCCACAGCCACAACGCCGCAUUGAGAAUUGAGCUGCCCUCGCGCAAUUAUCUGAAUCCGUGA